AUGGAUCCGUCGCAGGCCCAAAGCCCGCCAUCAUCGCGGCUGUCUGUGAUGGUCUUGAGCAGCUCGCCUUCAGAUCGGCUCGCUGGGAUGGCCUUAAACAGUUCCCCGGCAGAGCAGCUGGCUGCGAUGGCCCUGAACAGCAGGCCCGUUCAGCAGGCUCCACCUGAUGACACGCAUGUUGCUCCUACUGAGGCUUCCUCCUCCCACACCUCUUUGUUUGGUAACAUCUCCCGUCCUCGCACCCCUCAGUUGGCUGAAAGUCCUUCCACUUCCUCCACCCCAACCCUUCCCAAUACACCUUCCCCGCUCGACAGGCGCCUAUCUAGCAACUUGAAUCGUUCUCCUUCGAAGACUCCUCGUGAUGAUGCACAAUCUGAUGAAACAUCCGGCGAUUUUCCAUACUUGGCACGAGAGCCAUCGCUCCCGUAUGAAGCUUGGGAAACAAUCUUUUAUGGCACGCUUACUAGUAUCUCAUAUGAGGAAUUUGACUUCGUUUAUGGGGAUGUCUUUGAACACCCGGCAACCAAGAAGACCCUUUCGACUCUGAGACUCGUGAACCGAAUCUGGAACCGGAUUGCGACUCCUCUCCUUUUUCGGUAUAUCCAGGCCGUGGUCGGAUACUCUGCUGGUCGACCUCUUGAUAGCAUCCUAAAGAUUUCCGAAAGUCCACACGCCCUCUACGUACGCGACGUGCGUUUUGGUUUCGUGGGAGCAUGGCUCCCCGGGCUGGAUUAUGAUCGGUACAUCGACGACUUGGCAGCAGGAGCUCUUCCGAUCUUGAUCAGUCGUUUCCAAAACAUUCAAACAUUGCGGUUGCAAACACCCACCGUGGUGGACACAUUCAGUGAAGAAGGUCAACUCAAGCCGCCGCUGCUUGCCAAGCUGACAAACGCUCUUGUGCAUACUUUACGCUUGGUGCCUGUCCCAAGACUGAGAUGUCUCCAUAUGUCUAUGCCGACCACCGCGGAAUUUGCCCGUUUCUUUGAGUCGAACAGUUACGCCAGGAACUUCACCAAUGUUUUCGCCCAACUCGAAGAGCUACACAUCACUAUUAAUGACAGCACCGGCCCUGAUGGCAGACGGGACCCGAAAUGGCCCCGCUCGGUGAUCAAGACCAAGUAUCCACUCGAUCGAUUUGCUCCAUAUCUCGUCCAGCUCAUCUCUUACGCGAAACGGAUCCAGGUCUUCAGCCUAGAUGCCCGUACCUGGUUUGACGUGUCCGAUCUGGAAGCAGAAAGCCUCACUAAACUGAAAAGCUUCCGGCUCGAAGGUGUGAGAAUCAACGACGAAACUCUCAGGCAGAUUUUCAUACAAGCUCGGAAAACGCUGCGUCGCAUUGACUUGGUCCACGUUCGGCUCAUGUCUGGUACCUGGGAGGAUGUAUUCGGUCACGAUGCACUUCCUCCUGGUGACCUUACGUGGCUGCGUGUUGAUGGAUGUGGCUACUCAAUGACGGGCUCCAGUUCCCACUUUGUCGGUUAUUCAUUCUCGCACUACCCAACAGCACUUUGGACCCUCCAUGGCCGGGACUGGUUGGCUCUUACGCACUGGAGAGCGGUGGUGAAUGCAAACCGUCACCGCAGGAGACUGCCCAGAUGUCCGCAUUGCUUUUUCCCGUCAAUUAGCCCAAUUCAUAAUCCCUAA